GUGACGUCACCGCCGCUCCGCCGCAGCCCCAGCGCAGACGGAGCCGCCCGGUCCCGGUGCCGUCCCGGUCCCGCCGCGAUGCCCUCGGACCGGCCCUUCAAGCAGCGCCGCACCUUCGCGGAUCGUUGUAAAGAAGUUCAGCAGAUCCGAGAGCAGCAUCCAAACAAAAUCCCGGUCAUCAUCGAACGCUACAAAGGGGAGAAACAGCUGCCAGUGCUGGACAAGACCAAGUUCCUUGUCCCAGACCACGUCAACAUGAGUGAAUUGGUCAAAAUAAUCCGGCGCCGCUUGCAGCUGAAUCCCACCCAGGCGUUCUUCCUGCUGGUGAACCAGCACAGCAUGGUCAGCGUGUCUACUCCGAUCUCGGAGAUCUACGAGCAGGAGAAGGAUGAGGAUGGCUUCCUCUACAUGGUCUAUGCUUCCCAGGAGACCUUUGGCUUCUGAGGGCUGCUGAGAGGUGGCACGUGGAGACAUGAACUGUGGCACAGAGGCCCCUGGCCUCAGAAGACAACACAGCCAGAGGCUCACAAGAGGGGGGCUGUGCUGACCCCCUUCCUCUUCCUCCCUCCCUCCCUCCCCUUCCCAUCACCCUGUCACCAAAGAGGCUCGUGGCGCGCGUUGGACUCACACAACCCUUUCCCUCUGUGUAGGUCAGUCCCGCUCCCCCAGGCGCCCGCCCAGGUGUGUGACACCCCCACCCAGCCGUGCAGCCCCCGCGCAGGGCCUCAGCCCCCUGUCCCCAUGUCCCUGCGCUGCUCUCGCUGUGCUGUGUGUGCUGUGCUGCUGCCAGACCUGCUGGGCCACCAUCACCCCAGCACAGGGAGAGCUGCCUCUCCCCUGGGCACUCAUAAAGGGCAGGAGGUCUGCAGAAGCAGCAAACAGAUGUUACCAUUGCUCCCGAGUUUUAAUUGAUUUUAAUUACACCCAUAUCAGAUUCUUGGUGCUACUGAGUAGAUGUAGGCGUCUCUGUAGGACUGUGGAUAAUGUAUAUCCUUUAGAUUUAUUUUAUUGGUUUGUUUGUUUGGGUUUGUUUGUUUUCUUUUUUUUAGGGAUAGAUUGGAAUGGGGAGAGGGGGGGAAACUUUCCUGUAUUCUGUAGGUAAAUAAAUCAGGCUUCGUUGCACUUUAAAGCAUAGUAGAUGUCAGAGUGGAAUUUUCUUUUAAUUUAUACAGGUUUGCUAUCUAUAGUGCUGCUCCUCUGUUGACAGUUGUACCUAGGUUAUCUUGUUUCUUUUUUUUUCCUAAUAAAAUUGAUUUCCCUUC